AUGGUGAAAUUCCCGGUUCUCACUCACUACUGGCCUCUCAUCCGAUUCUUGGUUCCUCUGGCAAUUACAAACAUAGCCAUCGACCUCGGGGAACAGGCUCUGAACAGGGGAAUAGCAGCAGUCAAAGAAGAUGCUGUGGAGAUGCUGGCCAGUUAUGGUCUGGCAUACUCCCUCAUGAAGUUCUUCACCGGGCCUAUGAGUGACUUCAAGAACGUGGGACUGGUGUUUGUUAACAGCAAACGGGACCGCACCAAAGCGGUCCUCUGUAUGGUCGCUGCAGGAACCGUGGCUAUCAUCUUUCACACGCUCAUUGCCUAUACAGAUCUGGGAUAUUACAUCAUCAAUAAACUCCAUCAUGUGGACAACUCAGUGGGCAACAAGACCAGGAAGGCUUUCCUCUACCUGGCGGCGUUCCCGUUGCUGGACGCUAUGGCUUGGACUCAUGCUGGGAUUUUACUGAAGCACAAGCACAGUUUCCUAGUGGGUUGUGCUUCUAUCUCUGAUGUUGUUGCACAGAUUAUAUUUGUGGCUAUCUUGCUUCAUAGCCACCUGGAGUGUAUAGAGCCUUUGCUCAUUCCUAUUCUCUCUCUGUACAUGGGUGCUCUGGUUCGAUUCACUAUUGUAGGCCUGGGUUAUUACCGCAACAUCCAUGACAACAUCCCAGACUCCAGUGGGCCUGAAGUGGGGGGGGAUGCAACCAUUAAAAAGAUGUUGAACUUUUGGUGGCCUUUGGCCCUCAUCUUGGCCACGCAGCGUAUCAGCAGACCCAUCGUAAACCUAUUUGUGUCGCGAGACCUGAAAGGGACCGCCGCUGCCACUGAGGCUGUGGCAGUACUGACAGCAACAUAUCCAGUGGGUCACAUGCCCUAUGGCUGGCUGACAGAGCUCCGGGCAGUGUACCCUGCUUUUGACAAGAACAAUCCCAGUAACAAGCUGGUGAACAGCGGCACGACGGUCACAAAGUCCCACAUAAAGCGGUUCACGUUUGUUUGUCUGGCGCUGUCAAUCACGCUAUGUUUUGUGGUGUUCUGGACCCCACACAUCUCUGAAAAAAUUUUGGUGGAUAUCAUUGGAGUGGACCACGCCUUUGCUGAACUUUGUGUUGCUCCUUUACGAAUCUUCUCUUUCUUUCCCCUGCCAGUGACCAUCCGCGCUCACCUGACUGGCUGGCUCAUGACCCUCAAGAAAACUUUUGUCCUGGCUCCGAGCUCCGUUCUGCGCAUCAUCGUCCUCAUCACCAGCCUGAUCGUGCUCCCUUACAUGGGGGUCCAUGGGGCCACUCUAGGUGUUGGCUCUCUCUUGGCUGGCUUCCUUGGUGAGUCCACCAUGGUGGCAGUUGCCGCGUGCUACGUGUAUCGUAAACAGAAGAAAAAGAAAGACUCAGACAGAGAGGUCGCUAUGGAGGGCGAAGACUCCGCUCCUAUGAACGAGGUCAGAACAGGGAACCGAAUGGACGACGUCGUAGAGCUGAGAGAAGAGGACGAGGAAGAAGAGGAGGAAGAGUGA